AUGCCGGGAGACACGGACGGCUUUACGCAACUCGUGUUCUCGUCCUCCAACGGAGAGUUGCCCGCCUCGAUCCCCGUCGCAGGCGGGACUGCGUUCCGGAUCAAACUCGACGGUGAUCACCACUACGACUUUGCCCUGGGCUGGGACGAGACCGGUCUUGGAUUUUCCUCGUGCAAGGCGGGCGUCGUCGAGUCUUCCGACCCCAAGGACGGGCACCAUUCAGCCUGCAGAGAGCGCCACUCGAUCUCUUCCCAUGUCUUCCAGGGCGAGGACGAGCAGGGCCGCAAGGCCCAGUUCCGCAUUAACAUCUCAACCACUCCGCGUGGCAAGAAACCGCUGUACGUUGUUAAACAGGUGCUUGUCGGUUGA